GAGAAUGGACUCUGCUUCUCCAGUAGCUCUUAGCUGCCAGACACCGCCGCUCUCAGCUGGGCCGUAAUUAAAACCAUUUGCGGAUCAGGUGGAAUUCUUGGAUUCUGGCCUCCCUUCCAAAUCUAAAGAGCUCAGCAACUUGCUUUGCAGAAUCCUUCAGCUCACAGUAGAUGUGGGAUAUUUCUAAUGGCAUAUGGAUUCCUAAUUGGGAAAAUAGAACUUGCAAAAAGUGUGCGACACUUUGGGCACAGAUGGAUGUUGGAACGCUCAGUCACUGUGUCCUCGUUGCCCUGCUGGCUGCUUCUGUACAGUCACAAGUCAACCCAGAAAUGUGCCGCUAUCCUCUUGGUAUGACUGGCGGCAAAAUUCAGGAUGAAGACAUUUCAGCCUCCAGUCAGUGGUCUGAGUCAACUGCUGCAAGAUUUGGCAGACUUGACUUUGACAAUGGAGAUGGUGAUGGGGCAUGGUGCCCUGACAUCAUGUCGGAGCCAGAUGGACUGAAAGAAUACCUCCAAGUAGACCUACGGUCUCUGCACUUCAUCACAUUGGUGGGAACUCAAGGUCGCCAUGCAGAUGGCAUGGGAAACGAGUUUGCCCAGCGAUACAGGAUCAAAUACAGCCGAGAUGGCACCCACUGGGUGGGCUGGCAUGACCGGAAGGGAAAGCAGGUCAUUGAAGGGAACAAGAAUGCUUAUGAUGUCGUGUUGAAGGACCUGGAGCCGCCUAUCAUUGCCCGUUUUGUCCGCUUUAUACCUGUGACAGAUCAUUCCAUGAUCGUGUGCAUGCGAGUGGAACUAUAUGGAUGUGAAUGGCUUGAUGGCCUGAUAUCAUACAGUAUUCCACAUGGACACCAGCUGAUCUACAGAGGCCUGGAUGUCUACUUUAAUGACUCUGUAUAUGAUGGAGCAUCAGCUGAAAGUCUAACAAAUGGCCUGGGCCAGCUGACAGAUGGCACCUGGGGUUUGGAUGAUUUUCUCCACAGUCACACGUACGGCAUGUGGCCAGGGUAUGACUAUGUGGGCUGGACCAACAAGAGCUCCUCCAAAGGCUAUGUGGAGAUGACCUUUGAGUUUGAUCAUGUCCGAAACUUCACUUCUAUGAAGGUCCACUGCAACAACAUGUUUAGUCGAGGGGUGAGGACUUUCAGACAGACCACCUGUUACUUUCGGUCUGGAUCAGACUGGGAGGCUGAACCAGUGUCAUUUCGGCCGACUUUCGACCGUACAAGCCAAAGGGCCCGUUUUGUCACUGUGCCUCUUGGGGACCGCACAGCCAGUGCCAUCAGGUGCCGUUUCUAUUUCAGUGAUGUCUGGCUACUGUUCAGUGAAGUGGCCUUUCAGUCAGGCUCAGCAGUGUACAACACAUCACUCAUUCCACGGAAACACGGACACCCCACAAACAUCCUACCAGGGGAUGAUCCCACCCAUAAAGUGGAUGACAGCAAUACGAGAAUCCUGAUUGGCUGUUUGGUGGCUAUCAUCGCCAUCCUGUUGACUAUCAUUGUCAUCAUCUUAUGGCGACAGGUCUGGCAAAAGAUGCUUGAGAAGGCCUCUCGUCGCAUCCUGGAUGAUGAGCUCACAGCUCGUCUAGCGGCUCAAACACGAGCCUUCUCCUUUCUUCACUCCUCUCUGUCCAGUGAAGAAAGCUCUAGCUCCAACUCCACUUACGAGAGGAUUUUCCCCCUCUGCGCUGACUACCAGGAGCCCUCGCGCCUCAUCCGGAAACUGCCAGAGUUUUCUCAAUCCACUGAACUCCUUGAACCAAACACCUCGGGCAGAGCCCUGGUAUCCAGUGGUCCAGACGGCGCUCCUCACUAUGCAGAGGCAGACAUCAUCAGUCUCCAGGAGCCCUCAGACAGCAGCACCUACUCCGUUUCUGCCAUCAACAUGAAUUUAUUUUCUGGAACAGACACCUCAAUGAGAGAGUUCCCCAGACAUAAGCUCAGCUUUAAGGAGAAACUGGGAGAGGGACAGUUUGGAGAAGUGCACUUGUGUGAAGCAGAGGAUAUGCAAGACUUUUUGGGUGAGGAGUUGUCUAUAGAAGGGAACAAUGACUCACCUUUGCUUGUUGCUGUUAAAACUUUAAGGGAAGAUGCCAACAAGAAUGCAAGAAAUGACUUUCUGAAGGAGAUCCGAAUCAUGUCUCGUUUGAGGGAUCCUAACAUUGUCCGUCUGCUGGCGGUGUGUGUGGACACAGACCCUCUGUGCAUGAUCACUGAAUAUAUGGAAAAUGGAGACCUCAACCAAUUCCUCUGCAAUCUCAGGCUAAAGGAGAGUAGUGAUGAAGAUGUGACAGAAAAAAAGAAGGAUGGAAAGACAGACAAGCCGAACAACGUGGGUAUGGUCAGUUACAGCAAAUUGAUCAGCAUGACUGUUCAAAUUGCAUCUGGUAUGAAAUAUUUGGCAUCUCUCAACUUUGUCCACCGUGAUCUGGCAACCCGCAACUGCCUGGUGGGCAAAGGUUACACCAUAAAGAUUGCUGAUUUUGGCAUGAGUCGCAACCUGUAUCGCGGAGAUUACUACAGGAUCCAGGGCCGAGCUGUCCUUCCCAUUCGCUGGAUGUCCUGGGAAAGCAUUCUACUGGGUAAGUUCACCAUGGCCAGUGACAUGUGGGCAUUCGGAGUGACACUGUGGGAGAUUCUGACUCUGUGUAAGGAGCAGCCGUACUCCCAGAUGUCCGAUGAGCAGGUCAUUGAAAACACAGGAGAGUUCUUCAGGGAUCAAGGCAAACAAGUGUACCUGCCCAAGCCUCCAUGUUGUCCUGAUGGAAUCUACAAUGAUCUCAUGCUAAGCUGCUGGAGGAGGAAUGCCAAACAGAGGCCAAGCUUCCAGGAGAUAUACCAUCAGCUGAUGGACAGCCUGGCAUAGCAGAUGAAAUGCAACAUUUCUCUCUGCCCUGCACUGUCAUGUCUGGAUUCAUGUGGAAUUAAAUAUGCAGCCAGACACAAUCAAAUGUUUCUAUCUAUUUUAUUCUUAGUUUCCACAUUAAAGCUGUACAUAUUAUAAGAGGAGCAGGCAUAUGAACAGGCUGCAUUGUAGAUAACAUGCAAAUAAACACCAAUGCUGUUUUUAAACUUCUUUAAUUAUUUCUACUUCAUUAAUAAGCUGUGUUUAUUAACAGCAAGCCUCAUACUACUUCUAGAUGUUCAAUUAUAAUUAUGAAUUUGUUAAUUUUCUUCUUUUAUGUAUUUAUUCAAACAAAUGUUGCAACUGUUGCACAGUUUAUGGGUUUCAUUGUUUUGAAAUUAAACUAAUGCAGAACUAGUGCCUUCGGAAUAAGACGUGGGUUUGUUUAGCAGACAUGCUGAACAAACACCAUGUCCUUCUGGAGAACUGCAGUUUUUUGCUGAGAAAUGAUCAUAAGUGUCAAACCAAAGAGUUCUUUCAAUAAAAAGAAAUUAUACUCAAAAUUG